AUGAAGAAAUUAUUACACCAGUUGCAAAUUUUGUAUAAUAUUGAGAUCUAUCAUUACGAUUUCAAGGUUCUGAAUCUCUGUACUGAUGCUUUUGGAAACGCUGGUCUACCUGACUAUAGAGACGCUAGAUUCUGUGAAAAGGGAACAAUAUAUAAGGGUGAUAUUGGGAAAUUGAAUAAUACCGAUAAGUUUCUAUCUCCCAGAAAAUAA